AUUCUUAGCUUCUGGAAACGGGGAUGACCUCAUCUUUUCCUCCCUCGCGCAGGUACAGAUACAUACAACAACAAAUAAUGUUAGGAGCGCAGACAGGACGGAGAGGAGCUCGAGAACACAGCUGCUGAGAAGGCAGAUCGAGUAGCUCUUUAUCUUCAAGCAGAUUGAUAAACAUACCAAACACGGUAUUUGCUUCUGCAGUUUGUGCUGCAGACAGAGCCGCAGCCGCUUCGCUGGACUUUUGCAAGCUUUUUAGAUUUCCUGCGCGUUCUGCUGGUUUAUAACUGAACUGAUCAAAUCUAGAGAUGGUGUUCUACAGGGACGGUCAGUCUGAGCGGCCACCGCUGUCGCGUAUUCUGCCGCAUCUCUACCUUGGUGCAGAGACUGACGUAACGCAGGAUGGAUUGUCCGACCGAGGCAUUUCAUACGUGCUAAGUGUGAGCCGAUGUUGCCCACAGCCGUCCUUUCUGCCCCAGUCCCAGUACCUCCGUAUCCCGAUCGACGACUCCCUGCGGGAUGACUUGCUUCCCUGGAUCCCUCAGGCGCUGCACUUCAUUGAUGGGGCCAUGUCAGCUGGCUGCUCAGUCCUGGUUCACUGUGCUGCAGGAAUCUCUCGCUCUCCUGCGCUUGCUGUGGCCUACGUCAUGUACAGCCUAAAAAUGGAUCUGGAUCAUGCAUACAGGUUUGUGAAAGAACGCAGACCUACAAUUUCACCCAACUUUAAUUUCCUGGGGCAGCUGCAGCUCUUUCAGGGGACUCUUUCUUUGAAGAAUAAUAAGUCAAACCUUCACGCUCUGGAUAACUGCCCUCAGCCCACCAGUGAAAAACACAACAGCAGUUCCACAGCGCCACUGUUAACUAACUUGAACCUUCAGAACAACAUGGACAACAACUGUAUUAUUAAUGGACGCACUGAGGAUUCCAAAGCAAACAUGCACUGUGAAAACAAAAACAGCCAGCAGGAGAAUGUUCAGAGUCGAGGUCAAGACUACAAGCUGCUGAAGCCUGAGUUUACCUUAUCUCUUUCAGACAAGCUCAGCGCACUCACUCUCCGCACAAAUCCUGCAGAGGUACAAAGACCGGCCAACGUCACAUCUCAGACACAGCAAGAUGCACCAAAGUCCAUCCUAGCUAAGCCUACUCACCUUCAGAUUCCAUCUCUAGCAGAGAAACGCAAAAGCCUUACCCUUUCCCUGACGCCAGCGAGUGCAGUUCCUCAGACUCCCCAGAAGGGGUCAUCAGUAAACAGUUGUGAUUUAAAGCAAAGCAGUCCCGCGGGUGACCAGAAGGGGACGUUAGAUGACCGGAGCAGAGUCUCAGCUUUAGAAACCAGAACAGAACCAAAAGAGGCGAGCAGGAUUAUCAGCAAGGAGACUUCAGCAAGACACAGCUGCUCAAGAUCACAAAGAAGGAAGAAUAGAUCAAACCGCAAUAAACAGGAGACACAAAAAGCAAACACAGUGAACCAUUCCAGCGCACAAUCACACAGGCAGACUCAGGGAUCACGUGGAGCCCCGCAGGAGGUUACUGGUGGUGUUGAAGCAGUGGAGGGUAUGGAUGUUGACCACAGUCCCAUGUCUCCAGUCAGUCUUACAGUCAAUAAAAUACUGGACUGGGGAGAACGCAUGCUGCUUGGGGUCCUACUUGGCCCUCGUAUUAAAGUGGGACAGGCUGCUCUGCCAUACAGAUGUUGAAGAGGGACUGGAUGUACGGACCGUUCUAUUUAUAGACACAGGUGUAAACAAGGAGAACUGUGAUUGCUCAGUACCUCCCCAAUGAGCUGAAGGAACGUAAAUGAAGAUGCAUAUGUACGAGUGUGUGAUUUCACGUAUUUAUUUGAUGAAGUUGCAUGUUCCUCAAGGCUAUUUGACAAACUCUGAUAGACUGGACGUGUAUAAAUGGCUGAACGUCACAUGCAAUUUUUUUCUGUUAUAACGCACAGCCUGCCUGUGACAUUAUUUAUUGAGAUACACUGAUAAUUGUUAUUUAUAAAGGGGUAUUUUGCAGGUGGAAUUUUAACACUAUAGCUUGUAUUGAAAACAGUGUUCAUUAAAGACAAUUAUUUUA